AUGGGACAUGGUGGUGAAGUAACUGGCCAAAAGGGAAUUAACCAUUUCAAGGACGGUGCCAUUGACUUAUUGGCUGGAACGGCUGGUAACUUUAUUGUUAUAAGAAAUUUUUAAAACUUUAUUAUAUUUACCUACAGAAGUAUAUCGUUAAAAUUUUUGAAUAUCGUAGUUAUGAUAAUAUUUGUUUCAGGUGGUAUUGCAAAUGUCUAUUUUGGCCAACCGUUGGAUACUGUAAAAGUUAAAGUGCAAACCUAUCCCGAUCUCUACAAAAACUGGGUUACCUGCUUUGCUCAAACCUUUAGAACUGAUGGUAUUAGAGGAUUAUAUGCAGGUAAGUGUCGUUUUAUUGUACUUUUUUCUUUAUUCUACAGUAUGGUUAUUCAUUUUCUUUUAAUUUUUAAAUUUAAAAUUAGUUUUUACUAUCUUUAUGACGGUUUAUUUUAUAACAACGGUUAUGGUUUUAGGGACUGUUCCCGCACUAGCGGCAAACAUUGCCGAGAACGCUGUAUUAUUCACGGCAUACGGUUUCUGCCAAAAGUCAGUAGCGUAUGUUUGUGGAAGGCAAUCGACCGACCAGAUGACAUCAGUGGAGAAGGCUACCUCAGGGUCGUUUGCUGCAGUAUUCGCAGCUUUAGUGUUGUGUCCUACUGAGUUGGUCAAGUGCAAGUUACAGGCACACAAAGAGCUUCACCCCGACAGUAAAGCGUACGUUUUCUUAUCAUAAUAGUAGUAAUAUACAAGUAUUUAUUCAAUAUUAUAGUUGUUAUUUAAAACAAUCGCUUACGUUUUUCAGUACCACCCUAACAGUAUGCAAAGAGAUGUACCGAACCCAAGGGAUGCGAGCCUUUGGUACAGGUAUGACACCGACGAUGGCUCGAGAAGUUCCUGGUUACUUUUUCUUCUUCGGAGCUUAUGACACAGCCAGAACUUACUUAUCUGACAACGGAAAGAAGGAAAUAGGACUGGUUGGUACCGCUGUAAGUGGUGCCAUUGGUGGGAUGGCUUUGUGGACGGCUAUCUUUCCAGCUGAUGUGGUUAAGUCGAGAAUGCAAGUUACUGGAACUGGGACGUUUGCUUCUACUUUUAUGGACGUUUUGAGAACUCAAGGUAGGUGUCUUACAUACUUUCUGUAUAUCUUUCCACAUAUUGACAACUUUACUUUAAUGUCUAAAAAUGUAGUAUACUGUACCAUAAUGUACUUUUAGGACCGCUUGGGUUGUACGCCGGCCUAGCACCGACAAUAUUACGAACGUUCACAGCCAGCGCCGGCCUGUUUAUCGCUUAUGAAUACACAAAGAAGUUUCUACACAGUACUUUCUAA